AUGACGAGCGAUCAGCUCAAUGUGGGAGACUACAUCAAGUCAGUCAAUGGCAUCAACCUGACCAAGCUGCGUCACGACGAGAUCAUCAGUCUGCUGAAGAACAUAGGCGAGCGUGUCGUGCUGGAAGUGGAGUAUGAACUGCCUUCACCUGCGCCAGAUAGUACCGCAGGUGUUAUUUCCAAGACAAUCGAGAUCUGUUUGCAGAAAGAGGGCAACAGUUUCGGCUUUGUUAUGCGAGGUGGAUCCCAUGAGGACUGGCACAGAUCUCGUCCUUUGGUGGUCACCCACGUCCGACCAGGUGGUCCUGCUGACAGAGAAGGGACUCUAAAAGCAGUGGAUCGGAUCUUAAGUGUGGAUGGUGUGGUUUUACACAGUGCCACUCUCAGUGAUGCUCUUACUGUUCUGACUCAGUGUGGACAGGAGGCUCUGCUCCAGAUCGAGUACGAUGUCUCCAUCAUGGACUCUGUGACAAACGCUUCAGGUCCUCUGCUGGUGGAGAUUGCCAAGGCGCCCGGAGCCAAUCUGGGAAUCACUCUGACCACUGCCAUGCACAGGAACAAGCAGGCCAUCGUCAUCGACAAGAUCAAACCCGCCAGUGUGGUGGACAGGUCCGGAGCGUUACACGUGGGUGAUCAUAUCCUGUCUAUAGACGGCACGAGCACAGAGCACUGCUCCGUCCUGGAGGCCAUGCAGCUGCUGGCCAGCACUACUGAUCAGACCAAACUAGAGAUCCUCCCCGCACACCAAACACGCCUGCCCGGGAAACCCCAGGACACUGUGAAAGUUCAGAAAAGUGACCACCCGCACUGCUGGGACCCCUGUGUUAACUACUGCCAUUCUCAACAUCCUGGUCACUGUAAGACAUCGACAUGGACCUCUGCUUCCAGUAACCCAUCCAGCUCUCAGGAUUACUGCAAAUCGGUAGUCUGCACAAACUUCUCUCCUGGGUCCACUACCACAUCAGGCAUGACCAGCCAGGGUUCCAGCACGCUGCCCCGGGCCGCUCCUCCCAUGAGCCCACGGAACUCUAUGCUAAAGAGACGACAAAGGAAAAAAGAGCACAAGAGCUCAUCUGUGUCUUUAGCCUCAAGUUCUGUGGGCCCUGGUGGUCAGAUAAUCCACACCGAGUCCAGUGAGGUCACUCUGAGAGGAGAUCCUCUAAACGGGUUUGGGGUUCAGCUGCAAGGUGGAAUAUUUGCGACGGAGACCCUCUCUGCACCCCCUCUUAUUCGCUUUAUAGAGCCGGACAGCUCCGCCGAAAGGUGUGGGCUUCUCCAGGUUGGAGACAGAGUCUUAUCCAUCAAUGGAAUUCCUACAGAAGAUGGAACGCUGGAGGAGGCCAAUCAGCUGCUCCGGGAUGCUGCUCUGGCCAAUAAGGUCACGCUAGAGAUUGAGUUUGAUGUGGCAGAAUCUGUUGUGCCUAGCAGUGGUACAUUUCAUGUGAAGCUGCAGAAGAAAAAAGGAGUGGAUCUGGGCAUCACAAUCAGUGCUAGUAAGAAACCAGGAGAGCCUCUUAUCAUAUCUGACAUUACAAAAGGCAGCAUGGCGCACAGAACAGGAACUCUAGAGCCCGGAGACAAGCUGCUGGCCAUAGAUAACAUCCGUCUGGAGAACUGCUCCAUGGAAGACGCCGUCGAGAUCCUCCAGCAGAGCGAAGACCUGCUCAAACUCAAAAUCCGCAAGGAUGAGGACAACUCAGACGAGCAGGAGUCGUCGGGCUCCAUCAUCUACACGGUGGAGCUGAAGCGCUUCGGCGGCCCGCUGGGCAUCACCAUCUCCGGCACCGAGGAGCCCUUUGACCCCAUCAUCAUCUCAGGCCUGACCAAGAGAGGUCUCGCUGAGAGGACUGGAGCCAUUCACGUUGGCGAUCGUAUUCUGGCCAUCAACAGCGUCAGUCUGAAGGGGAAGCCGCUCAGUGAAGCCAUACACCUGCUGCAGAUGGCAGGAGAAACCGUCACCCUCAAGAUCAAGAAACAGACCGACAGUACGUCUCAAAUUAUACACUACUGGAUGCACUUAACGAGGAACAGCACGUCCCCUCCACCCCGCCGCAAAAACUACCCCUUCAGUGACGGGGGAUUCAGUGAGGACGACUGGGAUAAAGCUGCCGGAUACAGCAGCCAGAUGCAUGCCGACGGCCUCAUGUUGGAGCAGGAGGACAGUUUCUGGUGCCAGGCCCUGGAAGACCUGGAGACCUGCAGCCAGUCUGAGCUACUGCGCGAGAUCGAGGUGACUGUGAUGAAGGACCCAGAAAGCGAUGACUUUGGAUUCAGCGUAUCGGACGGUUUCUUGGAAAAGGGUGUUUAUGUGAACAUGAUCAGACCUGAGGGUCCAGCGGACCGCUCUGGACUCAAACCGUACGACAGGAUCCUUCAGGUGAACCACGUGCGGACACGAGAUUUCGACUGCUGCUUAGCUGUGCCGCUCAUCACAGAGGCCGGAGACAGACUUGAGCUGGUGAUUAGCCGAAACCCAUUAGCACAGCCGGGUGUCGCGCAGCCCCACGACUGCCAUCCACACUUCAGCCCCGUAGGCCAUUCCCGCGAGCACCAGACCAACACGCUGGACCUGUGACCACUGGGUAACUCAGACUAUGACCACACCAGACCAUUUGUUGCAACAGACUGUCAGAAGGAGCCAUGAUUCACUGCGUUCAUUACAAAACUCAAAUGAACUCAAAUAUUCAGAUCAUAAGGAGUGAUCGUGGAAACGAAACAACAAAAAAUUUGAGCCAGUUUUCAGUACAAAAUUCGAAAGGAUCUGAGACAGUUUUUAAUUAAUAAUUUUGGACUACUACAAUGCAUACACAUACAUGUACUUCACUCCAUCAAAACUA